AUGUCUUGGGAGGAGGGAAAAAAGAUACUUCAGCAAUCACUAAACCUUUUGGUGAAGUUAGGUAACAGUCAAGUAUUGAUUAUUGCUUUAGCUUUACGAUCUGGAAAGACACAACUUCCUGAUACUCUCUGUGUGUCUACUCAGGCUGAAGCAGGGGAUGGUUUUUUCCUUAGUCCUCCACUUAUCCGCUGGGAAAACAUCAAGAAGAAGUUCUUUGUAGAUCGUAUACCUCCCUCUUGGACUCCGAACCUUUUACUUGUUCAUCCCAACAGAAACACCUGCCAGCUAUUUGACCCUGAACAGUAUAAAGCAUUAGCAAAUAUCAAACAAAAGACAAUAACUGAGCUUAGAGAAUCAGCCACAUGUGAGGAGAUGUUUGAAGAACUAAAAGAGCUCAAAGAAUUAACAUUUGAUGAUUACCAAGAAUUAGCAACCUAUGAGAUCGAACAUGAUCUCAGAGGUUUCAAGCUAAUUGGAUCAUUCCCGAACGGGUGGCUUAUCCUGGUGAAUUAUGCUAAACAAUCAUUUCAUCUCUAUGAGAUGUCGGGCAGUAAAUGGCAAACAUUGAUGGUUUAUCCAGGAUUAACUCCAAAUAAGAACUUUAUCGGGGUAUGCGAUGGCAUGGAAAUUAUUUUGCUAUUGGAAAUGUCGGAGGGAGAGACCGUAAUUCAUAUCUUUCAGAUUCAAGGCUUUGAUAUAGUAGUUCACCAUCAGAAGUUUCUGACUGAAUUGAAGGGAAAUAUUAAAAAUGCUCUCUUGUGUAAGAAUCAACUGUAUGUGGUUGUUUCUAAUUUGAGCUCAAUGAGAUUGGAUUGUGUAGGUGGAAAAGUUAUUCCACGAACCACUGAUCUAACAAUAAAGGCCUUAGAGUUGCAGGAAACUUGGUUCACCAGUAUGGUAUUAUCUCCUGUCAAUACGCCUCUACUGAUAGUAUUUCCUCCUGAGAUGCAGUUCACGGUUUUCGAAGUGUACGGUGAAGGGGUUAACCUUGACAUGCAGAAAGUGACUUAUAUUCACCUGCCUAACCUGCAACUCUACCUGGCACCUAAUGGGGGAGGGUGUACACUUCAGGAAGAACAUACAGUAUGUCUAUCCACCCAUGUAGGUGCAGAUUGUCUUAGGGGUACCACCGAAUUACAUCAUGAUUAUGAAGAGGACGACUAUGAAUCUGAUGGAGAGGCGCCUGAUGAGGCUGAUGAAGAGGCGUCUGAUGAAGCUGAUGAAGAGGCGCCUGAUGAAACUGAUGAAAAGGCACCUGAUGAGGCUGAUGAAGAGGCGCCUGAUGAGGCUGAUGAAGAGGCGCCUGAUGAAGCUGAUGAAAAGGCACCUGAUGGGGCUGAUGAAGAGGCGCCUGAUGAGGCUGAUGAAGAGGCGUCUGAUGAAGAGGUGCCUGAUGAAGCUGAUGAAAAGGUACCUGAUGAGGCUGAUGAAGAUGUUCCUGCUCAGGCUGCUGAAUAUGAGGCUGAUGAAGAUUUGCUUGAUCAAGCUGCUGAUGAAAUGGAAGAUGAUGAUUAUUUUACCAUCUGGCAGCGCAUUAGAGAAUGCCCAUGGGAUUCUCAAUGGGAAGUUUGCCCUUGUCAACCAGUUUGGGUCAUGCUCCCCCCGAUAGAUAUGAAAAAGUUUUUGGCUGUUCCUAGUUAUAUAGGUUAAUAUUUUUUUGAUGCAAAUGAAGUUCAAACUAUGACAUAUAUGUGAAAGAC